GAAAUUAAAUACGCGUUUAAGAAAAUAACAGAGAAAUCCUCGGAGACUUUCCAGCUGGACAGUAACACGGGAGCCAUCAGCCUUUUGCGGAGCCUGGACUUCGAGGAAGGAGACUCACACAAACUAGAGGUCCAGGCAUAUGAUGGAGGAGGCCAUUUUGACACGACGAAAGUCGUGGUUACUGUGACAGAUGUCAACGACAAUGUGCCGGAGAUUUCUGUGCGAUCGGCCCUGAGUGAGAUCUCGGAAGAUGCCCCAACGGGGACAGUGGUGGCCCUGCUGAACGUGAGGGACAAGGACAGUGGAGCCAAUGGCGAUGUGCGUUGCUCGCUCGAAGGGCAAGUCCCCUUCCGCCUGGAGAAGUCUUUUGACGAUUACUACCGUGUGGUGACAGCGAGAGAGCUGGACCGAGAGCAGGUGUCGGAGUACAACGUGACGGUGCGGGCGGCCGACGGCGGGUCGCCGGCGCUGCAGAGCAGCGCGGUGCUGGCGCUGCGGGUGCUGGACGUGAACGACAACGCGCCGGUGUUCGCGGAGGAGCGCUACAGCGCGCGGCUGGCGGAGAACAACGCGGCGGGCGCGCUGGUGCUGACGGUGCGCGCGACGGACGCGGACUGGGGGCAGAACGCGCGCGUGCGCUACCGGCUGUCGGAGGGGCGGGUGCGGGGCGCGCCGCUGUCGUCGUACGUGUCGGUGCAGGCGGAGACGGGCGCGCUGUACGCGCUGCGCUCCUUGGACUACGAGCAGGUGCGCGAGCUGCGGCUGUGGGUGCGUGCGGAGGACGGCGGCGCGCCGGCGCUGAGCAGCAACGUGUCGGUGGUGCUGCAGAUCGUGGACGAGAACGACAACGCGCCGCAGGUGCUGUACCCGCCGGCGGGCGCGCUGCGGGCGGGCUCGGGCCCGGGCGGUGCGUGGUCGGGCGUGGAGCUGGCGCCGCGCUGGUCGGAGGCGGGCGCGCUGGUGGCCAAGGUGGUGGCGGUGGACGCGGACGCGGGCCAGAACGCGUGGCUGUCGUACGAGCUGGCCAAGGCGACGGAGCCGGGGCUGUUCCGCGUGGGGCUGCACAGCGGCGAGGUGCGCACGGCGCGCUCGCCGCUGGCCCGCGACGCGGUGCGCCAGAGCCUGGUGGUGGUGGUGAAGGACCACGGGCGGCCGGCGCUGUCGGCCACGGCCACGCUGAGCGUGGUGCUGGCCGAGAGCGUGGCCGAGCUGCUGGCCGAGCUGGGCAGCGCGGCCGACGAGGCGGCGGCAGAGCCGGGCGAGCCGGCCGUGAGCCUGACGCGCUGGCUCGUGCUGGCCGUGGCCGCCGUGUCCUGCCUCUUCGUCGCCUUCCUGCUGCUGCUGCUGGCGCUGCGCCUGCGCCGCUGGCGCCGCCAGCAGCUGCUGCCGCCCGCCAGCGGCGCCUUGCGCGGCGUGCCCGUCUCGCACUUCGUGGGCAUCGACGGCGUGCGCGCCUUCCUGCAGUCCUACUCGCACGACGUGUCGCUCACGGCCGACUCGCGCAAGAGCCAGCUGCGCUUCUCGGCCGGCGGCAGCUGCUGCGACACCCUCCCGGCCCGGCCGCUGCCCGACGAGCCCGCGCCGCUGCUCGGCGACGAGGACCCGGCCGGCGCCCUCCCCGUGGAUCCCGUCGCUCCCUCGAACAAAUACUCUGACCAGUACGUCCAGUGA